UUCAAAUUGCUGUGUGAAGUUUAUAAAACGAAGUUUCUUAAACACUGGAUAGCUUCAAUAAUUUGACCAUUUUAGAAGACCAAGAGUCUUAUGUAAAAAUCGGUUUAAAAUAAAAAGUAUUUUUAUUUUUUAGAACGAUUCUCAAGUUGUCAAUUAGAAUUCGCGAAAAACUUUCCAGUACAAUCAAAAUUUUAAAAUUUUCCUGCUCUUUGCGAAAUUGGAAAAAUUGUCCAAGUUUUUAUUACCAAACGACCAGAAUUUCCAUCAACGCAGCCAAGUUGGGCGUAAUUACGGGUGAUUUCGGUGUAUGUGUGUGUGAAAAAGGGCGAGGCGCGCACACCAGCCAGCCAUUUUUAGAAAGCUGCUCUCCAUCAAGUGUUAUUGAAUAGGCCCCGGCACCACAUUAGGAGGGCACCGCGGGUAGGCAGCCUGGUGUGCGCGGCCGUGUUGCGGGUGGCGUGCGUGCGAUUUCGGCAGGCGCUCCCCGACCCCCGCGCUGCUGUCCGACGCCCUGUUCCGAGCCGGACCAUUACUUCUAAUUGGGCUGGAAUUAUUUAGCGUCGCAAACCAGCCCGUUUGUCCCGCAUGAACUUGUGCUUAAUGAUCGCGGCAAUAACGAUAUUGUCGCUCCGCAGACUGAAACACCCACCGGAAAUCGUAAAACGGCAACACUGCCUGCGAAUUCGCUCACCCCUUUUGACCCAAAAUCCAGACAAAAAGUGGCCACUUUUAUUUUUCACCCAGUUUGAUUAGCGAAAAUUGAGCAAAAUUUGCUUUUUUUAAAAAAAAAAUGUAAAUUGCAUCAAGAUUGAAAAUUGGAAGGUAAAGCAAAAUGCAAAUUCAUGAAUUCUCAUAUAUCAUGUAUCAAAGUUAAAAAAAAAACACAAUUUUCAAAGAAAACACAAGUUUCAAGGAAUCAUACAAUUUUGAUGGUUUCAAUUUUUUUAGGGGGAGGGGGGUCUUUUUUGGAGCCCAUAAAAUGUUAAAGUUCACCGUGACCUAGCCCUCGAGCGGCGGGCGCAGCACCUACGCCAAGUGUCUGCGCCGGAUCAGCUGUUCCCCAGACAGAGGGGCAAAAAUCAAUGGCACUCGGUCGGUGUGUUUUUUACGCGAGUCUGGCCGUGUUGUGGGUUGCGUUCGGCAGGGGCAUAAUGAGCGGGACGUGAGCACCGACUGCAGGCCCGGACACGAGGAUGGCGCCCACCGAGUGCUCCAUGAGCUUCACCGAGUCCGAGCACGGCAACUCGAUGCUCGAGAAGCUGCGGAGUCAGCGCGAGGAGGGCCGCUUCUGCGACGUCACCCUCUACGUUGAGGGACGCAGCUUCAGGGCACACCGCAGCGUUCUAGCCUCAUGCUCACCGUACUUUGACUCAAUCCUGAAGAUGCACCGCGUGGUUAAGGAGCGACUGACGGUGACGUGCCAGAACUCAGAGGUGUUUCACUGCCUGAUUAACUACAUGUACACGGGAAUCGUGCUGAUCAACGAGGCCAACGUAGCCGAGAUGCUGCGACUGGCCAACCACUUCCUCGUCUCCAAGCUCAAGACGCACUGCGAGGAGUUCCUCGACAAGAACCUCAGGCUGGAUAACUGCUUGCAGACCAGGCACCUGGCCGACAAAUACGACAUGACUGAUUUGAUACGAAACGUAGCAAUAUUCGUUAGAGCUCACGUUCACCAGAUAGUCAAGCAACAAGACUUUUUACAAUUCUCCUCAAACCAAAUCCAAGACUUUUUAUCUGAUAAGACUUUGGAGCUAGACGUGUUGACCUUACUGGAUGUUGCCUGCUGCUGGAUCAGCCACGACCUGACAACGAGGGAAUCCAUAUUCCCAACCCUGCUAGAAAUAGUCGCCGAUUGGAGUGGCCUCAGCGAGGAGCAGGUCAAAGGUCACCUCGACUCGCAGGCCCUCUACGCCAGCAGCACCGAGUGCCUGAACGCGGUGCUCGAGAACCUGGUGCGCGCCGAGAGGCUGCCACCGCAAUACCGACCCACCUACGACGCCCUCAACAACAAAGAAACAGCAACCGUAGAGCCCGAAGAACCCCCUCAAGAUGACGCUCAAGAAUUUAGUGAUGACCACAUCCUGCUGGGCUUGCACGAGCCGCUCAGCGACUCAAUUAGAAACGAAGAAAGGCCUAAGCACAAGCGAAAAUCGAGCACAAUCGCUCACCUGUGGAGAACGCCUUCGGCCCGACUGCAGGCCCUACGAAAAAUACAUGGGAAAAUGCAGGCUCUUCAGUCCCUGGAUGAAGCUGAUCUGAGUCCAGGCUCGACUCAUCAGGACGACGCCUGCACCGAGACGAUGGCCACUGACAACGGUCAAGACGACGACGAAGUUUUUAGGUGUCACUUGUGCGAGUUUUCAACUUUUUCCGUGACUGAACUGGAGCAGCACGCAGCCACAGUUCACGCUCACGAUGUGCGAUACAAGUGCAACAUUUGCGAGUUCGCAUGCAACUUCAACAAGGACUACUACUCACAUAUGAGGGAACACUUUCCUGGCCCGCCCUUCGCAUGUGAUAAUUGUGAAUACAGAUGCGACCGCAUCCACCAGGUCUUAUCCCACCGGUUGCAGCACUCGGACGAGAAACCUUUUUGCUGCCACGAGUGCGGCUUCAAGUGUCGCACCAAACCCAACCUGACGCAGCACCAAAGGUCUCACACCGGACAGAGACCGUUCACUUGUGAAGCGUGUGGCCGCUCUUUCGGCAUGAAAUCGACGCUGGAGCAACACCUGGCCACUCACAGCAGCGACAGGCCCUACCUGUGUGACACGUGCGGCUUCUCGACCAAGUAUCUCAGCCACCUAAUUGCUCAUAAAAGAAUACAUACAGGGGAGGUGCAUAAGUGCUCGUACCCACAGUGUCGGUAUACAACCCCUAAGCGAUCGCAACUAGGCUCGCACAUGCGGACGCACAUGGGGGUGCGGCCACACACGUGCUCCACGUGUGGCCGCGGUUUCCUCGAGAAGAGUCACCUUGUCCGCCACGAACGCAUCCACCUUGAGGACAAGCCGUUUAAGUGCUCGCAGUGCGACUACGCUAGUUCCAGGCGCGACAAACUGAAGGAGCACUUCAACCGACACCACGGCCAGAACGCCUCGGCCAAGGUGCCCUACAGGCCACGGCCGCCGCGCACCAGACUUGCCAAGAUGGAUGAGCUUGAGCUGCUGUUGGGGGCGACCGGUCCGUCAGGUCUUCCCCAGUUUCCCUCGUUCGAGCACCUCAAGCCCGGAGGCAAGCAGGUGGAGCAGCUCAAAGGAGGAUCUUUGCAUGCCCUUCCAAUGAUGGGAUUCGGCCAGCAGGCGUUCAUCGAACCCAUCAGGCCAAUGAUGGGCCCGGGACUGGGCUUAGCCCAAGGCAGCCUCGUCGACUAUAGCCUGCAGGCAUGCAUGCCCCUAUUUUAGACAAAGACUGUACACGUUUUCAAUCCGCUUCGAUCGUCUUCACCGUAGUCCAAGUUGUGCAAAGGAACCAAUGACUUAAAUUUAGCGGCUUGCGGUUUUAUCAAGGUAUUUGCCAGACGACUAUAAUUGUAAAAUCGCGCACGACUUCUCUCUUCGCUGUUGGCCAAAAGGGAUCCACAAAAUAAUUCUCUUAGUGCAAUCUGAUAGAGGCACCAAAAAACAUAAACAGCGUCAGCGUGGCAAUUGAUUUAUUUGUUCUUUGAAUUUUAGGUGUUUAUAUACAUUUAAUAAAGCAUAACUCAUGGGGCGGGCCAACAUGCAGAAGAGAAAAAUUGCAUUUACAUUGCAUUCCAUUUAGAUGAGGUUUUGAAAAGUUGCUCUACUCUGAUGCAAUAAAGGAUAAAUAUUAUAAUGUCGUUCAAAGUAAUACAAAAUUUGUUAAAGACAAAACUCAAAUCUUCUUGUAGCAAUUAAAAAAAACACACACAAUUUCACGUGAUCAAUACAUACCAAUGGAUUUCAUAUUGAAAUGAAAAUUCACCGGCUUAUUCCACAUGUUACUUUUUGCUUGACUAAAAUGAAUCUAGUUGCGCACUGUUUGAUUCUCUCGCUCUUUGUAACUUUGCUUCUUGAUUAUUCACUAACUGUGACAUCGCUAAGCAUAAAAAUGUUGAAUUCUCCUCCUUGACCAAAACUGUUGAAAUAAAAAUAGGUUCAAUAAUAUUAUAUACAAUAUCAAAACAGGCAAAAAUACCACAUAUGCAUACAUUUCGCGAUUCUAAAAAAAGAGAACAAAAGAUUUUGCUCAAAAGGCUUUUGAAUAACGAAGUUUUAUGUGCAUUUUUAAUACUACCUAGUGUCUGUGUUUUAAUUAUUGUAAAAGCAGCACAAACCUUAAGAGCCAAUUAUGAUUUAUUCUGCUCCCAAAAGUGCACAAAUUUCACGUUUUAAGUGUCUCGGGUACAAUUAUUGUGCGGGUCACGCUUUCGUAUUUCACAUUUGCAUAAAAAAGUUGUGACUUUUUGGAGUGCCGCGAGGGUUUUGGUAUAAAAUGUGUGUUAUAAUGUGUUUGGUUUUGGACAGAUUUGAGGUGAAAAAUCUAUUGAUUGAUCAUGCCCAAAAUUGCAUGCAUAAACCGCUUAAAGGGGGAAAAAUGAAAUAACAUUUUCCAAGUCGCUUUUAGGAAUAUAAAAUGUAUCAUUGAAUUUUCACGCAUUUUUAUCAACGCUGAGAAGAAGCAGUUUUGAAAUUUCACUAGUUUUUUUUAACUGAGGUGUUGCAUUGAUUCUUGAAAAUAUUUCACCAUAUAAAGCAGUAGCAGUAUCAUUUUUGAUAUGCUAAUUUUGCAAAUCGGUGUUCUAGUAUUGUGAAUUGUUUAUCCUUUUCAAUAAAUUAAAAAUUGACAUACUCUUCUCUCAAAAUCUAGAAGCAAUUUGCACUAAAAUCCUGGUACUUCCUCUUUCGCUAUGAUAAUUUUGCGAAGCUGAAUAUUAGAAUUGGGAAGGCAUAAGGCAAGACGAACUCAAGAAGUGGCUGUAAUGGAAAGUGAUAUGAACUUAAAAUAUUGUGAUUCAAUAGAGAUGUAGCAGACUUGGCUUUACUUGGCAUGAGGGUAAUUUUCCAUACUCACACACGUUUCUCACACACAAUAAUUAUUAUGAAUCGUUGCAGCUUAAAAUUAGACUAUCGUUAUUUUCAGUGUCAAUUUUUAUCCAAACUUUUGCUGAUGAAUGGUAUCCAAGAUUAAUUAAAAAAGCGGCACUUUUCUCGUGUGUCUUUGGGCCAUUUUGCAAAAGUGAAAUGUGCUUCGUCUACAUAAUUAUUAUUAAAGCAAAAUCAAUUGAUUACAUAUUAUGAAAAAAUUCACUUAAGAUUAUUAUUGUUAACAAAAAUAAAUACCUUAAAUAGUGUCUUUCAAUAUUUAAAGCAUAUUUAAAUAAUUAAAAAAGUUUUCAGGAUACAGGAUUAUAUUAUUAACAAUAAGAUAUCAUCUCAUCUGCUGUGUAAGUUUCUAUUUGCAAUAAAUG